CGCGCCAUGUUGGUGCUGCCGCCUGCAGCAGGCGUAGCAACGCAACCUGCUCCUCCUCCUCUUCUUCACCACCAACACCACCACCAACAACAACAUCAUCACAGCCUCCUCCUCGUCACAGCCGCCUCCACUUCGUCGGAAUAAUCGGCAGCUCUUCCUUAGUCUCGCGAGGACAGCUCAGCAAUGCCGGUGGCGAGGAGGAGGAGAAGGAGGCCGGCCGCUGCCGCCGCCGCCGCUGCCGCCCUGAGAUGAGCGGAGCCCGGGGAGGAGGAGGAGGCGAGAGCGAGCGGUGAAGGGGGGCGUGUGUGUGCGUGCGUGAGGAGUGCGAGAGCGCCAGCGUGCGUGCCAUGUCCUCGCGGUUCCGCCUGCCCACGGGAGGGACGUACAAUGUGCGCACCUCGGAGCUGGCGCGGGACCGGCACCGCACCGAGGCCCUGUGUCACAUCAACCUCCUGGACAACACCGCCAUCACGCUCCGCGCCAACAAGAGUGAGGCGGGCAAGGCGCUGCUGGACGCCGUGUUUGCGCACCUUGACCUGGCCGAGACGGACUACUUUGGCCUGCAGUUUGCAGAUGACUCCACCGAGACACCGAGGUGGCUGGACCCGACCAAGCCUCUGAGGAAACAGAUAAAGAGAAGUUCUCCUUACAUCUUCAACUUCCGUGUGAAAUUUUUUGUGACCGAUCCGAGCAAACUGCAGGAGGAAUACACCAGGUACCAUUACUUCCUGCAGCUGCGAAAUGACAUCUUAGAAGCAAGGUUGCCCUGCCCCCAUAAUACAGCAGCUCUGCUGGCCUCCUACAUCGUUCAGUCGGAACUGGGCGAUUACAGUGAAACGGAGCACCUUCCAGGAUACCUCUCUGACCUGCGCUUCUUGCCACGCCAGGGCCUCGACUUCGAGAAGGAGGUUGCCAAACUGCACAAGCAGCACGUAGGGAUGACACCCGCUGAUGCAGAGUUUAAUUACUUGAAUGUUGCCAAGAAUGUGGAAUUCUACGGGGUUGAGUUGCACUAUGCCCGGGACCAGAGCAAUGUUGAGAUCAUGGUUGGGGUGACUGCAGGAGGGGUCAAUGUAUACAACAAUGGAGUUCGAAUCAGCAACUUCCCCUGGAUAAAGAUUGUGAAGAUCUUUUUCAAACUGAAGCAUUUCUUUGUGCAGCUACGGAAAGAACAGAAUGAGACGCGGGAGAACAUUAUCGGCUUCAACCUGGGCAACUACCGCGCCUGCAAGACGCUGUGGAAGGCCUGCGUGGAGCACCACACGUUCUUCCGCAUGGCGAGACCGGCCUCGCCGCCACAUCUCGGCUUCUUGGCGCAGUACUUCUCGCUCGGCUCCAAGUUUCGAUACAGCGGGCGAACGGAAAUGCAAACAGUACAAUACGGGAAGGAAAGGUCGAACCGUAACAGGAAUUUUGCCAGAUCUCCCAGCCAGCGGUUUCCACGGCGAACGAUCUCGGGAAAAGAGUGGGGCUCCAACGCAGCGACGGCCGGCUCUGCCGAGAGGCUGGAAACACAGAGUCUGCCAUCACGCACUCCCCCGGGCACGCCAGACAUCUCCGAUUUGCGGGAGGGCUGCGAGAAGCGGCGCCCGUCGUCCGUGGGGAACCUGGCCGGGCUCGCGACCCCCAGCUCGCAGGAGGAGGCGGCGUCGCUCAACAACCACCGCAGGACCGGCUCCUCCACCACCACGCCCCUGCACAGUCUCUCGCUCGACCUCAAGUCCCUGGUAUCAUCAGAUGACGUGAAAUCGGCAGCGGGAUCGGCGUCGGGCGAGGGCCAGGCUCCGGCACUGCCCCCCAAGCAGCCGCAGCAACGGCGACGGCGGAAGGAGGCGUGUCCGGGGGGCAGCGGCUCGCAGGAGGCCGAUGAGCUGGACUCGCGGCCUUCAGACAGUGAGAGUGACGCAAUCUUGCCCCCAGAGGUUUUGGACGAGCCACCCGUGUUGGAAGAGAAAUUCACAGUGCUGUUGCAGGCCAAUGGUCUGUUACCUCAUGAACCCCUAGUGUUGGUGCGGAUGAAGCCAGACGAUCAGGGCCGGUUCGGCUUCAACGUCAAGGGUGGAGUCGAUCAAAAAAUGCUCGUGACUGUGUCUCGCGUGGCUCCAGGAACGCCGGCGGAUCUCUGCGUGCCCCGGUUGAACGAGGGGGAUCAGGUGAUCCUGAUUAACGGGCGAGACGUCUCGGAGCACACGCAUGACCAGGUGGUGCAGUUCAUCCGUGCCAGCACGGAGUCGCACUCGGGAGAGCUGGUGCUGCUUAUCCGCCCCUCUGCUGUGUACGAGGAGUUGGAGCGCGCUGACAGCGAGCCGGAUUUCCAGUACAUCCCCGAGAAGACGAGGGAGUGCAGCUCCCCUGGCGAGCGGCAUGUCGUGCGCACCUCCAUGCAGCAGCUGCGCGAAGCCCUCGACACGGGCCAGGCCCUGCUGCAGUUUGAGCAACUGUAUCGCAAGAAACCAGGGAUGAGCCUCGGCAUGGCCAAGAUGUCUUGUAACAGCAGCCGGAACCGCUAUCGCGACGUCUUACCCUAUGACGCUACGCGAGUGGUACUGUCUGGGAACGAGGACUACAUCAAUGCCAACUAUAUCAAUAUGGAGAUAACUUCCUCGAGCACCAUCAAUCGCUACAUCGCCUGCCAGGGCCCCCUGCCAAGCACGUGUGCCCAUUUUUGGCAGAUGGUUUGGGAGCAGGGAUGCAGCCUGGUCAUCAUGCUCACCACACUCACAGAGAGGGGACGGCCCAAGUGCCACCAAUACUGGCCCGACUUACCGGGCAGUGAGACCUACGGCGGGUUCUUUGUUCUAUGCGACUCCGAGGAAGAGUCGGAGGCGUCCAUCGAACGCAAGUUGACGCUGCGCAACGUCGAGAACAAUGAGGAGCGAGGGGUAACGCAGCUCCAGUACGUGGCGUGGCCGGACCACGGCGUCCCUGACGAUUCGUCGCACUUCCUGGGCUUCGUGCGCGACGUGCGCACUCGCCGAGACCACGCCCAGCCCGUCGUCGUGCACUGCAGUGCAGGAAUUGGACGGACGGGGGUUCUCAUCACCAUGGAGACGGCUCUGUGCCUGAUGGAAUGUAACGAGUCCGUGUAUCCACUGGACAUCGUGCGUACAAUGCGGGACCAGCGGGCCAUGAUGAUUCAGACGCCGUGUCAAUACAAGUUCGUCUGCGAGGCGAUCUUACGCGUCUACGAUGAGCAGCUCCUCAUCGCUGAAGACACCGACAUAAGCGAGGAGGGCACGGAAGGGACGAUCAGGAUUUCCACCCCAUCGCUGCCGCCCUCCAAGGAUGAGCUGGAGCACAGCCUCACCUCUACAAUGGCCAAGGGGGCAGAGGAAAGCUCCCUUCCGGGGGAGUUGUUGCAGGAGGCCAACUGUGGGCGGACAGGUGCCGCUGGGGAUGGCGCAUCCCCAAAGGCAGUGGAACUCAGCGUGACUGUGGAUAAGGUGCAAGUGACAAAGCACAGGGAGGUGGCGGUCCAAGAGUCGCCAGAUGACAGGAGCUGAACUACAAACAUGGGCGCCAGCCAAAGAAGGCUGUGGUCUAACUUCAGGUCUUUUUAUUACAAAGGUUAAAAAAAAAUAUUGUAGUUUUUUUUUUCUCUUUGAUUCUUUUUUCACAUUCACACUAAUAUUAAAAGGGAAUUGUGAGGCUGUCCAGCCUUGUGCUAUUAAUUUUGGCGACCAAUGGAUUUUAUUUUUAUUUUGCUUAAGUGUAAUCUUGGUCAUGCCAGUUUAUUGAGGUGGUUUGUUGAGAUCUUGAAUAUGAACGGACUGGUCUUUUUGUAAAGGGAUACGUUGAGCCGUUUUGCUUGUCCUACUCAAUUACACGACAUUAGAUCUGCUGGCCCUGGCUGGAAAAAAAUAUUAAGUUCUCUUUCUUAUAAGUAUUAUAAGUUUGAAGAGGUGGGUUGUAAGGUAUAUUAAUGUCGUUUUAAAAAUGCUAAAAAGGAAAACCCUAAAAAAAACCUUGCACUUGUGCACUUUAUAUAUUUUAGUAAUAAUAGAGCUCACUUUCAGAGGUGGUGCGGAUAUUUUGAGGAUGUGUGAUUCUUAUCAGUAGAGUUGUCGUGACGAACCCAGGGAUUGUCUGAAGCAGAGGCAGCACUAGGGGGCUUUGCCUCACUUACAGGACAUGGUUGUUUGAGGCCCAGUCGUGGCUGCAUAAGAAGAUGUUUGUGCUGGUACACCAAUGGUACAAGUUUUAGGGCUACUUCAACUAAACCCCCACCGAUCCAUCAUAACGAUAUCGAUAACACCACAGUAGCAGAGUACGACCUCGAAAUUGUCACUCAUACCCAUAGUUUUCUCUAUGUCUGCAUAACCAUGAGCUGUGAGCCCUUUGCCUUCCAACGUGUCCCUUGGAAAAAAAAAUCUUGUGUGGGCAGAAAAAAGUGACCAAGUAGAAUAAUGUGGUCUCGGCUAAAUUAAAUUGAAAAGGCCUUUAAAAAUUUGUUUCUAAUUUUAUUUGUGCCAAUAUAUUGCAAUGGCCUAUGCGUGGUACUAUUUCUUGCUUUUUAGACAGACAUGUCCAGGCCUUAAUGAAUGCCUCAAGGUGUGUGCCACCGCUGUGUGCUGUGCACAGGGCUGCUGCGUCAGCCACGUACGAGCGAGCGUAGAACAAAUGUGAAGUGGCUGAUUUUGAUUGACUUCAUGACUGAACGCAAUAUAGCCCGAUUUGAGUCGAGGGGAAAAAUGUUGCCAAAAAAAAAGAAGUCUAAUGUUUUUUUGAUUGCCAAUUAUUUUUCUAAAAGCUGGCUUGAAUGCAGUGUGUUUAGCGUCAUGGAACAAGCCACAUCAUGAAUGUCUUUCUGCAAGCAAUGCUAAUUCAGCCAUCUCGGCAUGAGCAUAUAGCUAGACUACUGCAAUAACGAGACUGGGCCCGUGCGUCGCAGGUGCACUGUACUAUAUCUGGAAUAAGCUUCCCAUUCAUAUCUGUAACAUAAAUGAGUUGCCAAAUAAGGACGUGGCAUUUUUUAACAUUGUUUUCAGUUUGCUUUAUUUUUUUGUAAAAAAUACCGAUGGAUGCUUUUUGUAUAUAUUUGGUAACAUAAACUAAAAUACAGUUUCUUUUGUAAUCCAAACAAAGUGAUUAUUCCUUUGGCUGAUUGGAAAUGAAGGCUCCUCAUGAAAGGCAAGUUGGUUGUUACGGUAUUGAAGUUUUUAAUGCGAAAGGGAGUGGAUUUUUGCUGGAUUUCUGUAUAGAUUAACUUCAUACGAUGAUGAAGGGACGGCUUCAGUACUAGCCGCAGAAAAGGUGUGCUUGUACAGCUAUGACUUCGGUGUGUACCAUUCACGCCAUGUCAUGACAGUACCUGCAAACCAAUGAGCUACGUUUCUUGUAAUUGAAUCGGCCUUUAAUGGGAUUGUGCUAGAUUAACAGUAUAGAUAACAGUAGGAAUAAUGAUCCAGGAAAUUAGAGCUGCUUACAGAUCUCUAUAUAGUGGCAUGGACACAACAGUACCUUUGUAAGCUAGAUGCAUUUGUCAUGUACACACGUGCGGAAAGGUUUCGGUGCCGUUAAUGCACGUGCGAUUGUCAGCUUUGCGGUAGAGUCUUAACUCGGGGGUCGUUUUUAUGAGCAGGCAGGAAUACGUGUGCAUCAUCGACUCCACAUAGCGAUCUUUAACAUGCGUGUCUACUGCCAGUGGCGUAGUGUGGUCGCCAUGGGCCCUGGUGCAAGGGAUGAAAUGGGGCCCCCGUCCAAUUUCAUUUCAUUAAACUGAAGGGCCCCCCCCCCCGCCUGCACACUCGAUAGCUGCGCCACUGUCUGCCGCACAAUCCGUUUCUCUUGGCUGCUUUAUUUGAACAGAUUGAAUGACGUUGAGACAUGGGUUGUUUUCUAAUUUAUUAUGUAUUAAGGCAAGUUUGUUUUAACAGCUUACCUCCACUCUGUUCCAUCCAAUUAUUACUCUAGCCAGUGGUCUAGUCAUAGUGGAAUUCACUGGAGCUAUUCUAUUGAGAGCAGAAAGAAAUUAAUGACCAGGCUCCGUUUAAAACCGUCACCAGCAUGUGGGCUUUAUAAUAAUAGCUUGUCUUUUUUUGUGGUGCAUACAAAACACGUUUACAUCACGUGCGUCAAACAAGUACUGCAGAUUCGUGAAACCGAUGUGGGUGAUGGUGAAUGCUUUUGCAAAUGUGAGCUCGCUUAAGUCCACCUAAUGCUGGAACGGUCUCACCUGGAUGAAAUGGAGCCAUGUGAAUGAGGUUUACCUGAUACGGGCUUAUUUUAUGGCAAAUCGUUUUCUACGAUGCCGUGCUGAUGUGUUCAAAAGUGAUUGUACGUUUAAAUAAUUUUGGAGAUCACGGACCCCGUCCCUUGAUCUUUUCUUAUGGACUCGUGAGUUUCUCUGGUACUAAGUACUAGACCACUGGCUUUAUUGGUGGAGCAUAUCAAGAACAAAUGACACACCCGUAUAAUAAAUUUGGAGCAUGUGCUGUAGUCACUGUGGUACUGUGUACUUGGAAAGCACAAUUGCAAACUUAUCUUCAUCCUUUGUGUAACAUUUGUGCAUAUGUAAGGUAUGUUGCUUUGGAUUCGACGUUUUACUGGAUGUGAAUACCGGGAUAUGCACUGUUAAAUAGUGCUUACGGCUAUAUAUCAACUGGAAGACAUUGCUUAAUGUUGUUACCAAUGGCUACUAAAUGGUAAUAUGUCAUCAGAGUAAAUGUCUUGAGACUGAGGUAUAAGUUUAUAAGGCAUACAGGUUCGUAACAUUGACAGCACAAAGGAUCAUUCUCCCUGUACUGUAGUGUGAUUGUCUCAUUCUGAUCUGAUGCGGUACAACAUAUACGUAUACAUUCUUUAGAUGCUUCGGCAGUGUUGUGUACUUAGUUGGUGCACACGUGUGGUAGAUUAAAAGUUACACGAUGGGACUUAUUAAUAAUGAGUUGGUAUCGGACCUUAUUGUGUUUCACUUUAAUUUGUGGUCUCGUAAAGCCACGUCGACUCAAAAUUAACUUGGUGCGUGGGUCAUUUUCUGACGUUUUCAAAAGUCACACACACGUCGCUUUAAGCACUUGUAAUAUUACCUUUUUAAUUUGAUGGUUCUAUUAUAUAAAUAAGACAGAUGGUAUGCUGUACAACAAAAUACGCACCGCAAAAAGCGUUUGUGUUUAAGCAAUUCGUCACUCGUAACAUUUGGAUUCCUUUCCAUAACCGCAUGAGGACACGUACAUUUUCCCUACGGAUUUGCUAUUCGUUUAUAGCCAACAAUGUUCUCUCUGUAGAUUUCAGAAGUCUCAUGCGUUGUUAAAUAUCAAAACGUUUGGUAUAUAGUUUGCACUUACUAAUUCAGUUUUUGUAUUUUUCCCAAACAGGGAAGGUAUAACGUGCGGAACGCAGUUUUGAUGCGAUUGUGACGUUUUUCCCCCCCCAGAUUGGCUAUCGAUUUGUUUUUACUGCAUUGAUUGCCAUAAUGGUUUGAUUUGGGUAUUGCUGCGGUAUGGUAUGUACAAGUUUGAAAUACUGGCCCUUAGUGAUUUUUCAUCUUAUUCGAGGCUCCGGUUCGGUACUAACACAACAUAUCUUUGACAAGAAACUAUUGUACAGUGAUUGGCUUCAUGUUUGGUACUUUUUUGUGAGGAAAAAAUAAGUAACAAAUACAAAUGAAUUGAUUUGCA